GUCUGGGGCUCGCCAGCCGGGGGCUCCAGACGGAUGAGGUUAAUGGGGGUUUGUUUGUGCUCUCUCAUCCCCCGCCGCAGGCUCACGAGCGCCUGGAGGAGACCAAGCUGGAGGCCGUGAGGGACAAUAACGUGGAGCUGGUGCAGGAGAUCCUGCAGGACAUCGCCCACGUCGCUGGGAGCAACAGCGCGGCCGCCGAGCUGGCAGGCAUCCUGCAGGAGCCCCACUUCCAGUCUCUCCUGGAAACCCACGACUCGGUGGCCUCCAAGAGCUACGAAACGCCCCCACCCAGCCCCCUCCUGGACCCCAUGUUCAACAACCAGCCGGUGCCGCCGGAUGCCGUGCGCAUGGUGGGGAUCCGCAAGACGGCCGCAGAGCACCUGGGCGUGACCUUCCGGGUGGAGCGGGGCGAGCUGGUGGUCGCCCGCAUCCUGCACGGCGGCAUGAUCGACCAGCAGGGCUUGCUGCACGUGGGCGACGUCAUCAAGGAGGUGAACGGCAAGGAGGUGGGCAACGACCCCAAGGUGCUGCAGGAGAUGCUGAAGAACGCCACCGGCAGCGUGGUCCUCAAGAUCCUGCCCAGUUACCAGGAGCCUCCCCUGCCCCGGCAGGUGUUUGUGAAGUCCCACUUUGACUACGACCCGGCCAGCGAUAACCUCAUCCCCUGCAAGGAGGCAGGGUUAAAAUUCACGGCCGGGGACCUGCUGCAGAUCGUCAACCAGGACGACCCCAACUGGUGGCAGGCCUGCCACGUGGAGGGCGGCAGCGCCGGCCUCAUCCCGAGCCAGCUGCUGGAGGAGAAGCGGAAGGCGUUUGUGAAGCGCGACCUCGAAGUCCCCCCCACAUCCGGUGCCCUGUGCGGCAGCAUCAGCGGGAAGAAGAAGAAGAGGAUGAUGUACCUGACCACGAAAAAUGCAGAGUUUGACCGGCACGAGCUGCUGAUCUACGAGGAGGUGGCCCGCAUGCCCCCGUUCCGCAGGAAAACCCUGGUGCUGAUCGGGGCCCAGGGCGUCGGGCGGCGCAGCCUCAAGAACAAGCUCAUCAUGUCGGACCAGGCGCGCUACGGGACCACCAUCCCGUACACUUCGCGGAAGCCCAAGGACCAGGAGAGGAACGGCCAGGUCUACUGCUUCGUGUCACGGGGGGAGAUGGAGGCGGACAUCAAGGCUGGCCGCUACCUGGAGCACGGGGAGUAUGAGGGGAACCUCUACGGCACCAAGAUCGACUCCAUCCAUGAGGUGGUGGAGUCCGGCAAGAUGUGCAUCCUGGAUGUGAACCCGCAGGCGGUGAAGGUGCUGAGAACAGCCGAAUUCGUCCCCUACGUGGUCUUCAUCGAAGCCCCGGACUAUGAGACGCUCCGAGCCAUGAACAAGGCGGCACUGGAGAGCGGCGUGGCCACGAAGCAGCUCACGGAGGCGGAUCUGAAGCGGACGGUGGAUGAGAGCUGCCGCAUCCAGCGUGGCUACGGGCACUACUUCGACCUCAGCCUGGUCAACGACAACCUGGAGUGGACAUUCCAGCGGCUGCAGGAGGCCCUGGAGAGGCUGCGGGCAGAGCCCCAGUGGGUCCCUGUCAGCUGGGUUUACUAGGACGACGGGGGACGGCCUGCUGGGAGGGAAGGCCUCCCCACCCUGCCCCCACACGGAGGGCACUGCCGACCCGCCUCCCCUCCGCCCUCCCUCCUGCACAAACCACGACGUCUCAAAGCCAAGGAACCGGAUCCCCUGCCUGCGUCCCAGGCCUGUCUUCGGGGGAGUAGGGGGCGGCGAGGCAGGGAACUGGGUGCUUGUUGAACGUCCCCUUCCCCCUCCCCCAGAGUUUUACCCAACUUUGCCAGAGUUGAGAGAUUCUUGCGGGCAUUCCCGAGGGGCACCCCCAGUGGAGGACCCUUCUCUGCCCUGGACACAUGGCUGGGGGGCAGUGACCCCCCAUUUCCUCCCAGGAAGGGUUAAGGUGGCCAUGGGGAGGGUUGAGAGAGCAGCCCAAGGCAGGGCAGUGCCCAGGAUACCAAGCACAGCCACUUUAGUGCCCAGAGUGGGCACCGGGUCCCCCUUCAAGCCAGCCCCUGGGCUGUGCCUGCGGCCAGAUCCCGGCAGCCCGCAGAGGGAGGUGGGCAUGAGGAGGGCAGCGUGAAGCAUGCCGCCGGAAGUGCACAGAUCUGGGGAUGCCAGCUGGCACCUCCCUCCAUCCCUGCGCAUUUCUCCCUUCCUCACCCUGCUGCCCGCUCCAUGCCCAGGCUGCAUCCGCCUUCCCGGUCCAGCCUGAGCUGAGAGGUGCCUGCCACCGCCUCCAGCAGCUCCCUGCAAGACCCCCUUUGCAGCCUGGAGGUAGCUCGGGGCGUCUCUCCCCACUGGCCUAGGCCAGGGGAAAUCUCGACAGGGACCAACCGGCUCAGGAACAGAGGCGUUCCUGGCCAGCUUUCCUCAUCGUUUCCCACAGGGCCAGCGGGGUGCGGACGAGGGUGUGGGGGGGUUCGGAGCCCGUCACCUCCCUGGGCUAGAGCGUCAGAUUCUCCCUUAACGCGUCUCUGGGGUUCGGGGCAGGAGGCGUGUCCACUGAUGGGCUCAGAGGGCUUCUUGGAUAAACCUUAGAGACUAACUCACUAAUUCCCCACCGUGAAUCCGCAGCUGCUCCCCAGCAAAGACUGAUUUGUUAUUGCGGGGCUGGCUGGCCGGGGGGAGAAUUUCGGAGGAAACGACUGGCAACUUUGGUGCCGCGGGAGAUCAGGCCCAUCCCAGGACCACUGGAGCACGAUACAAAAGCCAGCAGGGUUCCGAUGCCCUACCUGAAAGAGACGAAGCCACCCCGUGCCCUGCCUCACCUGCUCCCACAGAAAACCCGUGAUGGAUUCGUGACCCAGAGCCCCGGGGCAGAAGCACAGAAGGAAUCUUCUGGGGAGAUCUGCACCAACCAACUGCACAGCUGUCUCACUGCCGACAAUUCAGCUCACUUUACAGACCAAGCCCCCGCCUCCCGGCUCUGAGCCGGAUGGAUUAUUCCCCCCUCCCAAUCUGAACGUUUGCAAAUGUCCCAGCGACGGUCCGAAAUGCUGCCCUGUCUCCCCCCCAGCUUAGAGUAUGUGAUUGUGGGGCUACGGAAGGGGAAUUGCGGCUUCUCUGAAAAUCAGUAGCUUUAAGGUCCAAAUGGUUGAAGGCGCAACCCUUGAGGAGGGUCUUGUUGUUACAUCACUGGUGUAGGACACAGGACAUCUGGGUUUGAUUCCCGGCUCUGCUCCAGCCUCCCGAGCAAGUCACUUAAUGGCUCAGUGCCUCAGUUUCCCCACCUGUCCAAUGAGGUAAAGUUAAUACUCCCCCACACGAGCGGGCUGAGAAUCCAUCUGUUAAUGUCGGUGAGGCUCUCAGCUACUUUGGGGAUGUGGUGGAAUCUAGAGAGUUAAGUAACAUAAAGACUGUUGAGGCUCUGGACCAUAGACCCCAGCUGUAGGUUUUAGGAUUUAUAAAGUGACAGCAAAAUACUAAUGGCAUUAAAUAAAGACCAUAAUGAUUGGAUAGGUGGAGCCAGCCAAGGGCAUCACAAGCUAUCGGGUAAGGGGAGUAAUUGCCACCCCUAGACCUCGGUUUGCCCACCCCAACUUUUCAUAGGGCCGUAGGCUCCACUUUUUGCCCCCCGCCCCAGCUUUGCAGGAUAGAAACGAUCACGUCUAACGUUCUAUACACUAACGCAACUUUGCCCUGCUCUUGGAAUUUUUCUGAAAUGGUGCCCCGGAGACACUCAGCCAAAUGCAGGGGGCGGGGAGGCGGUAAUCCUGAAAAUGGGGGGGCCAGCUGGCGCUGCGGUUUAGGGUCGGGUUUGUUGCUCAAAAACCAUUAGAAAAAAGAUCCGUAAAAAUAGGAGGGGGCCAGCGGUUGUGUGUGGACAGUGUACAGCCUGGUCUGCCUGCGUGGAUGUGAGAGCCGAGGCGGGAAGGACAGGUGCCUUCUGAUCUGAUCACCAGACGGGUUUGUUAGUAACCCGGCGAGGGGCGGGAGGUUCUUUAUUUAUUUUCUUGGUAAUGACUUUCGUCUUGCAUAUUUCUUUAGCCGAAUCCACGCGCAGACUUAACCGACCCCAUCAAAUAUUAAAGGUAGCUGGUCUUGCCCUCCUUUUCCUGACCUGCCACGGGCGAUUUUAGCCCCGGGCCUCAGUUUCCCCUUGCGAUAAUGGCGACGCUGUUGCCCUCCUUGGUCAAGUGCUUUGAGAUCGACCGGUGCAAAGCGCUAGCUAACAGCUGGCCAGGACAUCACCGCAGUCCCUGGGAACCUCACGACAUCGUUAUUAUUUCUGAAGCCGUUAGAGGCCUCAAGUGAGAUCAGGGGCCUGUUGUGCAAGGUGCUGUAUAUGCACAGAGAGUUGCUGCCCUGAAGGGCUUCCACUCUCAAUACACAAGUGGCAGGAGGGGAAACUGAGGCACAACGGGAUGGGGAAGUGACUUGCCCAAGGUGACUGGGGGUAGAAUCUCUGGGUACCUGGUCCAGUGGGCCAUGCUGUCUCCUCUUGGCUUCAGUGGUGGCUGGGUCUUCUGACUCCCAUCCACACGGCCCCUGCCCACAAGUCCUUCCCUCUGCUCUGGAGUGCGGGUUUCUGUGUCUCCGCAACUACCUCAGGCCUCAGCUGCAGCAGGGCAAAGGCCGAGCCCUGGCCUUGGCUCGGGCAGGUAAACGAAGAAGGGGCUGUUUGCAGUUGCUUUGUUUGCUGAGUUUUUUAUCUUAAGGCAAAACUCCGUCUCCUGUUUCUAACUGGCCUGGCUGCAGUGUGCCCCUGGCAAGCCAGACCCAGGGGAGUCCACGCACAGGCCCCAUGGCCGCCCCCAUGGAGCUGGGUUGCUUCCAGUUUUGGGUGCCCGACUUGGGAUGCCUGGAGCCUGGUUUCCACGGGGGUGGAGCAUUCACUGCUGUCAGUGUUAGUUCUGACCUGCCCUCCCCCCGAUCUGUCCGUGGGCCCCCCUUACUCUGGUGCCAGAGACCCCCCCGACUUACUGUAUUUAUUGCAAGUCAGGCACCCCAAAUUUGGGGCCCCUUUGUAAAAAUUUGGGCCUUAAGUUCUUGUUUCUCAAAUGGCCGGAGUUCCCCUUUAAAAGCAGCUGUUGCUAGGGUUUCCCCGGCUGGCCGUCAUGGUGUGGGGGGGCAGAGGGAGCCAGUGUUACCCCCCCAAUUCCAAUGCAGACCCCCUUUGGGAGGGCGCUCUCCAAACUGUCCCUCCCCCGGCCCUUCCUUGCUAUUAAAAUACGCCCCCCGAGCUGUACCCCCCUUUCUGUUCCCACCUCCUUUGGGGGAGUGACCCCCGGGUCUCUUGCCAAGAACCCGGUCCACAGGGUGUAUUUCCGUUGGAAGACAGUAGCAAUAACACGGAGGAGAGGGUUUAUGUCCCUUGUUUAAAAAAAAUGCCAUCUGUGUAAAGAAGAGAAAACGCCAGGCUCUGAAAUCGGAGCGUUUUGGUGGGGUUAUUUGUGGUUGGUUUUUAAUGUUUUGCUUGAAGGCUUUACAGCCUGGCAGUUAGAUUAUCCAAAGGACUCAGCACCCAGCAGAAACCUGGCAUGCUGGGCAAGUUGGUUGAUUUGGCCCCCGGGCCUGGGCCCAGAGAGUUCUGGUUUGUUUGGGGUGAAUCAGCGGGACUUUUUGCCCCAGGGACUGGUUUGCAUCUGUAGGUGACUGUGGGGUUAUAUGAGAGAAUGGGGCUGUGGGGGGUAAGUUUGUUUCCCUGUGUAUGCAGGUGUGUGUGUGUGUGUCUGUCCCUGUGAGUUUGUGUCUCUGUGUCUGAACCCACGGGGGCGUGUUUGUGUAUGUGUGUGUGUGUCUGUCAAACAAUUGCCAAUUCUCGCCAUUUUAUCACACGGUUUAUUAGUCAAAUCCCCAGCUCCCGGAGUCAGGUGAGUCUAUGAGACUCUUAGCUUUUUUUCAAGUAAGUAUCUAUCCCUCAUGUUUGUGGGGAAACACCACCCUGAAAGGCUCCGACACCUUUUGGCAACUAAAAAUGAUUGGCUUUAAAGUCGUAAGUCGUGAGAUUUUAAAAACAAUCUCCUGAUUUUUUGGGGGAGGGCUGGACUGAUGAUUUUUGAACAGUUGAGGUUGGUGACACUGAGGCCCUCUCCUCCCCCUCCGUGUGCGCGCAUGCGUGAGUACGUGUGCAUGCAAAUGGGCACUAAUGCGUGUGAAUGUCGCUUCUGAUGACGACUCACUCACGUGUUAAUUUUACAUUUGCUCUGCGGGGCUUAGCCAGGGACGGCGGCUAACAGUUUUUACCUUAACCCCUUUUCUAUCCCAAGCUCUGUUUCCUACUGAAGGGUGGGAGUAACUGGAUUUAAAGACGAUGUACCUAUUGCCUUCUGGAUGUGUCACUAAAAUACACUAUAGCGAAUGAUCCUGCACUGUCCCCACCCCCAAGAGAAAUGGACGUGUUCGAUCUCUGAUUUCCACCGGUCUCUCCUAGUCCGCUCCCGGCUCUGAGCGUCUCCAUUAGACUCCUUGAAACACACGUGUUCAUAAUGAUUCGAUGUAACUACUGAGCAACAGCAAGGUGGAAAGUUUUCCCCCCCCCCCUUCUCUUUGUUUUUGGUGAGUGGUGAUAGUUCCCCUUUCCCUCCCUGGAACUGUCCGUUUCUUAGACUCGUGUUUGUUAGAGAGCUCAGCGGUGUGAUGUCUGUGUCGGAUCGGCGUUGCUGUGUGCGUGCGUGUUAGAAGCCGGCCAAUUUGGAUGGUUCGUGCUGUGUUUACAGCGUUGGCGCUGCCGUGCUUUAUGGUGGACUCGCUGAACCUGCGGGUGUCCUGCCAGCCCUCUCUGCGGCCUGGUCCCCUCUGUGACCCUGGCCCAAGGGGCGUGUGACGAUUCUGGACCAGCGCUUGGCCAGGCUGUGCUGCAGGGGCAAGAGACCCCCCCACUUCGCCAGGCAGCCUCCUUUUGCAGCAGGACCCACAAACGCUCCCACCCAGCAGGUCAAAGGGCCCGAUCCUGGGAGCUGCGGGUGGGAGGCGCUUGCCUCUCCAUGGGGUCGAGGGGGGCUGGCGAGAGGGGCUUAGCCUCUGGCAGCAUUGGGUCCUGGCAGAGGGAGGGGUCAUUGGUCUGAAAUGCCCCUUCUGAUGGGGGUGCCAUGCCAGGAUGGCUGGUUUGGUAUGAGAGGGGGGCGACCAGUCCAUGAGGCAUAUGACAUCAGGCCUGAUUGCUCCCCCAAAAGGACCAUUUUUAGGGCUACGGGGUAAGGGCAGGAGGGGAAGUUACACAGGUGCCCCCCACCCCCUCGAUGCCCAGGCAGGCUGAGGGCCCCGGCUUGGGUGUAGAUGCCCCUGUGAGAACAUGUUUCUCUCCGGGGUGGGCAUGGCCCCGUGGAGCUUUCUGCCAGCUGUGCCUCGUGGACAGGCCGGGCGCCACUCGUUCCCUGUAGCCAUGAGCUGUGAUGGGCUUGGCCAGCAAUGGCGUUUUUACACCAGGGGAGGAGCUGGCCCCUAAUUUAAAAUGUUAAGUCCCCACGGCCUCCCCUGUCUGUCUGUCCCUUCUCGUCUGAUUGAUUGAACGACAGCGACUUUUUUGUACUGACUCUUUUCUAUUCCUAGUUACUUUCUGAGCUGUGUUGCUAGACGCUCGGAGCCCUGAUGCUGUACAUUUCUUUUACGGUCGUGUGAGCUGAUCCAAUGUACCUGCCAGUGAACGACUCCUUUUGUUACU